GAGUAGCUGGGAUGGUGAAACACAGGUUAACCAGAGGGGCCUAGCCCAUGAGGCAUGCGUCUAGGCCUUGGGAAUAACUCUCAUGUCCUUGUCUUCCUUUUUCCUUUUCUGUGUCAUGAACCUCGAAAGCUCUUGCCUCAAUAGCUACAGAUGCUGGGUCUUGCUUUCCUUAGGAGUGGUGGGGAACACGGUCCCCAACUCAGAAAUACAAGCUGUGCCAGCAGCCAGCCACGUGGUGUUGGGAAAGUCCCGCAACCUCCCUGGGAUUCUUACUGCUGAGGAGAUGCCCAGGGUCCCCAUCCAUGACAGAGCCAUUUGGGGCCUACUCUGCAGUGCGGAUUACAGGCUGCUGUCGGGUGUCAGGGACUGAAAAAUGAGCCCCUCCCAGUCUUACUCCAGUUCUACCUCAGCUCUAUGGUGCCUGAUCUCUCCUGCACAGAAAUGGAGAAGCAGAUGGAGCAUCAGAGUUAAAGUCCUCUUGGGAACAAGAAAAACUGAGGCUUGUGUGGCUCUGAGGUCUGCUUAGUGACAGCCGCUUCUUUUGAGUUAGCCUAAUUCAGAAAGUAUAGUAAGUCCCAGAUGUUAUCCUGAAACACUAAGUGACAAAGUCUGCCCAGCCAGAGCCAUGGCCUCAAAUCCUUGAGCCUAAGACAUAAGCUCCCACACAGGGUUAAUACCCUAGGUACCUCUUCAAUGUCACUUGUCCCCAGAGUCCUCCUGGUGUCCCAUCCUCUUCCCUCCUACUCCCACUGUGUAUUUUCUUCCUGGGUAACUAGUUGAUUCCCAUGGCCACUUCGAGGCCAGAGCUUCUCCAGCUCAUAUCUCUGAUCUGCUGCUCCCCCAGACAUUGUGUGGGAAAGGGCUGCUGGGUGUCUUCACCCGGGUGUCCCUGACGUCCACUGACCAGGUCUACACUGCAGCCCUCAUCCUCACCCAGAGUCUCAUAGGUACCACUCUGGGAGGCCUCCUGGACACAUUCUGCCCACGUUCCCCCCAGGCAACAAGCCCGCCCUUGGCUUCUCUUGUCCCUCCUGUCCAUGGUUCCUCAAAGCACUGCCUCUUUUUCCAAGCCGAGUCCCCUGUGGUUCUGUUCAUGUUACAAUAAAGCCCCAGCCCUUCCUGGUGGCAUGGGAGGCUCUUCCUGACCAGCCCACUGGCUGCUUUCCAGCCUCUCCCGCCUGCCCCCCUCUGUGCCCCCCUCCAGCCAUCUUGAGCUGCUUGCAGCUCCUUCACAGGCUUGUGGUCCUGAGGGUCCUGUUCCCAUCAGCCUCCUCUCUCCCUGGUGCCAACCUGAGCUCCUUCCCUGUCUGAUGCCAUACACUUGUCAGGACUUAAGCAGCAUCUCUUUUCCUCCAGGCUGCCUAGUGGCUCUCAUCUAGGUGGCUCCAUGGCACGCUGCAGUGCCCUCGAUCACUGCACUGAUGACAUUGUUUUAGGUGCUUCUCCAAAGUGCACUGUCUGCACAGUGCCUGGCUUUCAAGAUGUGGGAUGAAUAGACAUAAGCUGUACAUUAAAAAUGAAAAGAAAGUUUCUCAAAGUUUUCUUGGGGGCUAGGGUUGGGACUAUCAGGGUUUUAACAUAUUACACUGUGUUUAUGAGACUUGCAGAAGGGACCAAUUUUCAAUGAAUUCCAUGGGUCUUCACAAAUCCUCAUAACUAGCUGGUUUCUUCGAUUUCCUUUGACUACUUGUCACCAGCAUCCCCACUUUGCUGAAGAGUGGGCCACCUGGAACUGACGCCUGGUGAAACCUGGACGUCGUUACCAAAUUUAGGGGAAAAAAAGGUGGAGAACCACAUGUCAGCUUCCCAGAUGCUGAGGACCAAAGUGGAUGGUUCCCCUGAGACUUUUUGUCUGGGCCUUCCACAGAAGCCUCGUGCAAAAUUUAAGAUCUUGGUGGAGCACAGCUGAGAAUCUGGCAUUUGCAGUGGGCAGUGGGGGUGACAAUGACGUGAGAGUCCGUAUUUCAUGUUCUGUUCCUGGAGAAUUCACUGCAGAGACAGCCUGCCCCCCACCCCUGCAAGUUCUUAACAUUUUUGAUGCCAACAAAUUAAUGAAAUUUUAAAUCCUGACCAAAAUGAUAACCCCAAGAGGGAUAAAAAUGUUUUUUGGCAUUGGAUAAAACUUUCCUAUGUAAGAGCUCAAAUAUUUGCCUUAUACGACAUGUUUUGUCUCAGGGGUAUAAAGUUUCUCCUCUAAUCUCUAGAAUUAUUUCCAUUAUUUCCAAAAUUUCAAAACCUGUUUUAAAAAAUCAUGGUUUUAUCUAAAGUGACCCAACAUAGUUAGCUCUGUAAACAGAAGGACAGGAGAAAGAAGAGGGGUUUAUAUCCAGGGAUGAGAAGGUUAUUAUAUUUAAAUGCCAGCAUGUGACAUUUAUUAAGAGUUGAAAAAAAAUCUCAAGAGCUAUAACACCUUAAAAAAUACUCUAAUGAUUUUUUUUUUGAAAUUUGAAGCAAAGUGAAGUUAUUUACUGAGUUGUUCAUGGUAAUUAAGAAGCAAUUUAUCUGUUGUAAGCUAUAUUUAUGUAUUUUUCCAAUGAAGAAAGCAUGAGAAUUAUGAAAUUCAAAUGAUUAACAUCAUAUAUAGAUUUAAAAGCAAAUCUGAAUAGAAAUUAUUUCUGUCCUUGGAUGACAAUUUUUCACUUUAAAGUUGGUUAUUGUACUACUAAAGGAAUCCACCUAUAUAAAAUCAAAGUUGGAACAAGUUACAGUUUUAAUCUGAAAAGUUUCUUAAUUUUUAAAAGGCAAAGUCACACUGUGUUCCAUUAUGGUGUUAAUAAAUUGCUUUUUAAAAAGAAUUACAUUUAGAAAAAUGUGCCUGUCCACACCUUUUAAGAAGCACAGCUAUUAGAAUAGCAAAUGAUUUUUGAAUUACUAUUUAGGACACAUUAGCAGAUUGUGUUCAAAGCUUGACAACACUCUGAUGGAGGACCAUUCAAUUUUAGAUUCGCAACUCACAGUCUCCCACAAAUGUGUCAACUAGAAAUUGCUGAGACACCCUUUCCCUGCCAGUAGGAAGAAAAUCUGGGCUGGACCUUCUGGGCCCCAGAAGGGCAGUACAGGAUGUGGACCUCUAGGUUCCUGGGUUCAAAUCUUCCUAUGGCCACUUCUUAGCUGAGAGAUUGUAAGCCAGUUACUCGGUUUUUCUAUGUCCCAAUUUCUUCAUCAGCAACUGGGGACUAAUGUUCCCUUCUUUUUAAGUUUGUAGGGUGAUUAAAUCAAUUGAUACGAAGUGUUUAUGAUUGCACUUAGUAGAUCCUCAAGAGAUAGAAGCAAUUACUAUUGUUGAUUUGUAAAUCUCUUUCCAAGGAAUUUGUAUGAAUCAAGGGUUAUUUUGUUGUUUGAUAUCUUCUUAGUACAUUCAGACUCUUCUGUAGAGCAAACACUUAUUUUUUUAUUUAGAUAAAAUAUUUUUCUCUCCGAGUCCUAGCAUAAAAAGUUCAAAAACAAAAUAAAAAAGACAAAGGGGUGGGGGGGAACUGGCAAGGGUUCAAGUUUUGAGAAUUGUUUUAAAGAAGUCAUUGUAUUCAGGUGGCCUGGCAGGCUACUGUAAACACCAGGAGAUGUGAGUAGGAAGUCAGAGCCAUUGUGGCUCAAUCAAGUGAAUGUCUUUUCAACUAAACAGAUGGCUAUCAGGCUACCAGGGCUGACUCGGUUCCUUUCUGCCUGGUCAUUUCCUUUGCCGAGUAUCUGCAAGAACCACCCAUUCGGGUGGUUCUCAGGAUUAUAGGUUUUUAGGUCAAACAGAAACCCUGGGGAAUGCCUGAAAGAGCCAAAUGAGCAGUUGCAUGCUGCGCAGGCCGGGUGACGUGGAGCCACUGAUGUAGUGUGUAGCGGAGGCUCCUGAGUCCAUAACCAUGUGACAUUCCCUCCCUGUGCAUCCACGGGCAGCCGAACGUGUGCUCUCUGCCUGGGGGCCGAGUUCUGAAGGAACUGUUGGAGCUGAAGGUUUUGUGGUGGGCAAAGGCUCUGUGUGAGACACCAGGGUGGCCUCACCGGCUCCUUCAUUGACCUCAGAAGUCUGAGCAGUGGCCUGCACGCUUGCUUUGCUUUGCUCCACCAUGGAUGAGACACAGGAGCCACUGGCCAUGACCGUACACCUCCUUGCUGACUCUGGGCAUGGCUUGCUUCUGCAGCAGGCUCUGGACCAGCUCCUGGAUUGCAUCUGCCCAGGGAUGCGCCUCUUCCUGGUGUCAGAGCGCGUCCGACCAGUGAAAUACUACGAGAGGCACCACCCGAGGCGGUCCAGGUUCCCGGGGAUGUCUGUGCUGCUCUUCCUGCAUGAAAGCCGUGGAGAGGAGCGCCUGCUUCGCGUCCUGGACUCCCUGCAGCGUCCACCCUGGCAGUGCUACCCUACGCAAGAUGUGCAGGGGAGACUUCGUCCCUACCUCCUUGCAAAUCAGGAGUUCUACAGCUUGGACAACCAGAUGCCUGUCUGGGGCGUCAGGCAGGUGCACUGUGGCACUGAGAUCCUGAGGGUGACACUGUACUGCAGUUUUGACAACUACGAAGAUGCCAUCAGACUCUAUGAGAUGAUCCUGCAGAGAGAGGCCACUUUGCAAAAGAGCAACUUCUGCUUCUUUGGGCUCUACACCACUGAGAACUUGGCUCUGCAGCUCUCCCUGAAGCAGCUACCCCUGGGAACUUCGGUGGACCCCAAAGAGUCUUGCGUGCUGCAGUUCAAGGUUCAAGAGAUCGGCCAGCUGGUGCCUCUUCUACCCAACCCGUGUGUUCCCAUCAGCAGCACCAGGUGGCAGACGCAGGACUAUGAUGGUAACAAGAUUCUGCUGCAGGUCCAGUUGAAUCCAGAACCUGGUGUUAGGAACCGCGAACUUUCUUUUCUGAGUGCCACCUUGGAUUCUGGCUUGCUCCAUCAGAGCUCCAGGCUGACCCCUGUCCCUGCACAGAGAACCCUGGAACCAAGGAGCCAGAGGAUCCGGGGCAGGAGGUUCAAGGUGCGUUCUCUGGAGUUCCCUGAGCCCAGUGGGGCAUCAGACAGCUCUAGCGCCACUUCAUGGAAAAGCCCUGGUUGGUCAUCCCCCGCCAGCAGCUCUGUCACAAGCACCCAGCUUCAUCCUCCACUUGAGCCCAGGGUCAGAAUGAAGGUCCUCCGGGAAAACAGCCUUCAGAAGCUGGAGGCAGAGACCAAUGUUGACACGGGCUUCACCAUCAUCAAUUCUGAGCCGAGGCAAUCUUUUCUGAGCAGAUUUCCAAGGGAUUUAUGGAUUACCCAGCCAUUAUCCUGCUUGCCAGACUCUUCUUUAGAGGGGGCUACCUCUAAAAACAAGGGCAUUCUUAGGGAAAGAAUCCAUCCCUUGUCACUUGCUAGCCAAGGGGACUUUGGUACAAGGAAGAUAAUCUCAAGAUGUUCCCUUCAUCUGCCAGUCCAAGGAGGAGAAAAAGAAGAAGAAUUCUUUAUAUAGCAUAAAACAAAUGUGUUGUUUAAAACUACAAAAUCAGAUAGAACAUUCUAGAAAUGGAUCACUGACCCAGAAUUGUCUUGUUUCUUGUUCAUCUGAGGGCACCUGCAUGCUAUCCACAUACAGAUCUGUAUUGCUUUCAUUUCAAAUUUUCAGCUUCUGCAGGUUUCAGGAGUGAUUGUUGGUUUGCUGUCCCAGUCAUAAAGGAACACAUACAAGUACAGGGAGAAAGCUGGAUGCUCAUGAUCCCUGGAGGCUCACUGACCCAGCUGCCUGUGUUGAGUUCAGCAAUUAUCAGGAUAACUGCAUUGUAUGCAAAUGAAUCGGAAAUGUUAUGCAAAGCUGAUUAGUGUAUGUAAUUUGGUUAUAAUUUUUUCUUGAGUUACAUAGCUCAUCUCCCUGGAUAGCAUGGACUAUUUAUUCUUUAGUGCUUUUUAAUUUUUAUGUGACCUCCUUUGGUAACUAGGCCCUUGUUCACCACAUACCCUCUUGUGAUUUUGCCUUUAAAGUUAUUUGCAUCUGGAAUGAGUGAAUAUGCAAAGUAUUUUGAAAAUUACAAGCAACAUUUCCCCUCUCUUUAAUGAGCAGAAACCCUGGAAGUUAGAAAAAUCAGGUUAAAAAUCAAUGCUAGAUGCUAAGGUUUUCCUGGUCUUUGGAGUAUCAUUUGUUUUUGCCCUACUCUGAAGAGGUCAGCUGCUUGUUUUUUUUUUUUUUUAAACAAACCAAGGAAGACAUAGGAUUAUUGGAUAAUUUGAGAUCUCCAUGGAGCAAGGUGGGAAGAUUGGAUUGGCUGGGUCACUGGAGCAGAACUUUGUUGUUUCUGGCCAUUUUUUAAUCCUUAAAGUCCUUUAUGAUACACAUCAUUCAUUUAUAUAUUCACUCCACAAAUAUUUAUUGAACACUGUGUUUGAAUAAGACAUCAUAUAUCUGGUACAUACACAUUCUGUGACCAUCAAGCCCCCAAAGUGGUUAUAAACCCAUUCUACCAGCUUUUAGAAAGAUGUUGAUAUCCAAACCUGCUCCUCCAAGAGCUUCUCUCACAAUCGAGGCACACACUUGCCACACAAAUUUGUAGUAAGUAUUCACAACUUGCGGAUGGAGACUGGGAAUAUUGUGAAUUGCAAUUAUAAUUCCAAAGGAAAAGCUCUCCAUUGCUUAUGUGCUGGGUUAUUUGUGUUAAGGUUUGUGCACAUGUCUAAAAAAAAUCUGGGAUUUUGUAUUUUAGUUAAUUUAUAGGGUUAUUUGGCUCUAUGAACUUCAUUUUCCAGGAUGGAUAUUACAUAAGAAUAUAAAUAUUGAUUUUUUUUCAGUGCAGGAUAUCAAACCCAGGUCCUUGCCCAUGCAAGGCAAGCACUCUAUCACUGAGCUACAUCCCCAGGCGUGAGCUGGAUCUUUUAAAGUCCUGGAAACUCAGUACACCCAACUUGAGAGAAAGAUGAGCUCAGGCCUAACCCCCCAAAACAGUAGAAGCCUGGACAGUUGAAAAUGGUCAAAACCAAGACUUUUAAGUGGACUUUUUCUGUCUUUAAGGUGUCAGUGUACUGCCUCAUUCUCAUGAUCUCUCUUCUCCAGAUUAAAAUUUUAUCUUAGAAAAUAGAAUGAAGAACUUCAUUUUGGUAUUGAUAUAUCAUGAGUUUUUUUUUUCCUUUUGAAAGUCUUAUACUAGUUGAGCUAUUGAGCUACCAUGAAAAACAUAGCAAGGAGAAGUUUUAAAACUUCCUUCCCACUUUUUCCCCCCUGAAAUUAUUUAAAUUUCUUUAAUAUAAUACACGGGUAAGAAUAUAAGUACAUGGAAAUGAUAAAGAAUAUUUAGAAAUUUGAAUGGGUACCUAACAAAAUUGGCUUGUAAAAUAAUAAAUUCUUAAGAUAACAUCUACUCUAUUCUGCUCAGUGUAGGAUCUAAUUUAUGGAAUGAUGGGGGUGGAAAUACCAGUAGAUCAGGUUGCAGAUGGGCAGAUUUUAAACUUCCUAUUUAUGAGACCUUGAACAUGUCAGGUUCAUUGAUCCUUUAGUGCUUUAUCUAUUGUAACAAAAGCUGUUUGGAGAAUUGAGAUGAUGUAUAUGAGAGCAUUAAGAUGUCAGUAGCCCCUAUAAAUGUGUUUUUUUGUUAUUAUAUUUUAUUUUAUAUUAUAUUGUGUAUGAUAUUAUUAAUACAAUUGAUUGGUCCUUUAUACCCACAGUUUAAAAAUCUCAUAAGAACAAUUUUUAAAAAAAAAAAAAUCAGGCAGUUUUUAGUAAAAUCAGUGAGUCAAUAAAAAGGAAAUUUACCUUUCUAAGGUUUUUACUACAUGCGUGAUUUAUUUUUUAAUCUGUCUCCUAUAGGAGGAUUAUGUAUAGCAAAUAAUCAACUAUAUCCUAGAGUUCAGUAGAGAUGGUAUGCAAUAAGACUAGGCCUUGGACUAACUUAAUUCAAUUCAACAAAUUAGUCAGACCUGCCUGUAACUAUGCUUCUUCCCUAAAAUGUAAAAUAUAUCAUUUUUAAAAUGAGAGAGUUACCUAAUCCGAAUAUUCUAUUUUUCUUUUCAGGUAAAUUAACAAACAGUGGCAGCAGUUUUCUUGCUACUUUUAACCUUAUUAAAAGUAUUUCACAGUUUUUUUGCAA